AUGGCUGGCAACACGCACUCUGGCCUUCCCGCCAAUCUCUACGAUCGCAUUCGGGAUGGGCUUGAGAGUAGAGCAAAGACUGGCAUUAACGGCUCCCAAGAAGCGAAGAAGUAUCUGCUUUACGAGGAUCUUACUCAGUUCUGGGAACCGCCAAGAAUUCGGGAAGUUCUCAUCAAAGUUGGAUUGUCAGGACAGGUGCUGGAGAGCACAAUCAAGACCAAAUACCUUCGCGUAUUUUCGACACUUGCAUUCGCCAACAAAGUUCAAUAUCUGUCAUAUUUUACUCGAUACUCGCUGAGUGACGAGCAUUGGCCUAACCGACACUCCGAUCAAGCCUGGAGCGACGCAAUGUGCGAUGGCUUCCUGAAGGAAUUCACUCACAACAAAUGGAUGUUCUUUCCAUUCGAGUUUGAUAGAGACGAUCUCGUUCACCAAGAACUGCCCGAUCAACGUAUAUUGCCUAUCGAAGAAAAAGAAGAAAAUUCUCCCAGAGACGAAUAUCCGAAUUCCCCAUUGCUCACCAAAGUCACCAUUAACAAGUCUUGCAACAAAUUAGGCUCUAAUAGUGCGAUAAAUACGUUUAUGAUCAAAAGUUACAAGCUCGAUGACCCUUCACAACAAGCAGCCUAUGAUCACGAAGCUGAAGCAUAUACUCUUCUUGAAUCCAUGGGACACUCUGACCAUGUGGUGAGAUUCUAUGGCGGGUUUCGGCAAUCACGGGCCGGCCACCUCGUCUUGGAAUUUGUGAAAGGAGAGACCCUCAAGCAAUAUUUGGCACGUAACCAACAACCCCAAACAAUAAGCGACAUCUAUCACUUCUGGCAGAGCUAUCUUGGAAUCAUUACAGGCUUAUUCAAGAUCCACCAGAUGAAUGGCGACCCUCAGCGGCCGACCAAGGCCGUUAUUCAUCAGGACCUCAAGUUUGAUAAUAUUCUCGUCACGGAGAUUCCAGACUCGGUAUCGCGUUAUAGCUUUGUCGCAAAACUGAUAGACUUUGAACAUAGCUCCAUUGUCGAUCUUGUUGGAGGUGGGGAUGAGCCCGCAAGCCCUGACAGACAGGGGCAUCCCUCCUUUUCUCCCCCCGAGGCCAGUCACCAUAUGGCAGCCCUGAACGAGGGCCCUCAUGUGGUAACCCGGUUCUCCGAUAUUUGGAGUUUAGGAUGCAUCACGAGUCUACUGGUGGCCUGGGUUGCAGAAGGUCCAGAAAACAUGGAAACGGCUGGUCAGCUGCGGUCUGAAGAGCUCAACGGCAAUCACAGUUUCAGCAGUUACCACACCCGGUGUUUUCAUGACGGCAAUAACCUGAUUGAGUCGGUCCGUGAUUCACAUCGCCUUUUUCGGCAGCAGCUCAACGGGUAUGACAUGAUAACACCGGCAAUCUUGACCAUUGUGGAAGAGCAGAUGCUUCGACCAAAUCCUAAUGACCGCUCGGGAGCAAAGCAGCUUCACUCCGCUAUCGAACGGGCCAUAGACAAGCAUAAGAAAUAUGCCAGUGAGGGAGAUAGUGCCACUGAACGUCAUUAUCACCCAAUACAGGCCACUGAACGUACUUUAGGAGGCCCACCUGAUCAGUACCUGACGAUCGACCAGGUUUUGGAGUACCGAAGAGCGAAAAAGAGCAAAGGAAACGAGGCCAUAAACCCAAUAGUCGACAACCGCGUCCAAACCCUUGUCAAAAAUUUGAAGAGCAGAGAUCACCUCUUUUUCAUCGACAACUCACCAUCGAUGGAAGCCCAUGAAGGUGAGGUGGUGAGGGUUUUCACUGCCUUGUCGUACAUUGCGAAGAAAAUCGACUCUAAUGCCAUUGAACUGGCAUUCGCAUCUUCGCCUGACCUUGUAUUCGCCAAGAAAAACACUAGCGAUUUGAUCGAUAUCCUCAGAAAGGCCACUUACGACCAAAAUCCAGAGAUGAUGGAAAAUAAACUACAAAUGUUUAUAGACAGAGCUGUCAUUCCUAAACUCCCUGUCCCCCGGUCCCUCAACCUCUUCUUACGAAGCAAGCCUAUUAGCGUCAUUAUAUUGACUAAUGGUUGCUGGGGGACUGGCCUGGAAAAGGGAACCGGCGUGGAAAGGACAAUCAGAAAUCUUGUCUCGAUCAUGGAAAAGAAAGGAGUGGACAGAACCAAAGUCAUGAUACAGUUUCUGCAGUUCGGGACCGAUGAAGACGGUAGCAAAUACCUAAAGUAUUUGGACGAUAUAGGACAAGAUGACGGUUUUGAUAUUGUCGACUCUAGUGUGGUUAAGGACGAUGUGUCUGCUAUCUUUGUUGGAAGCAUCGGCCCAUACACUGAUGCGCGCAAUAGUUCGCAAUCCGCCCGAAGUUCUUGA